AACGCCAACACCCACACCUUUAACACCGCGCGCGAACUGAGAACGAGGGCGCGAGCACCGGACGCGCGAGGGCUUCCGAGGAGCGACAGUUACUUUUUCAAAUCUUUUCAAAUCUGUGGGAGUCUACUGACAGUUUCACCGUGACCCAACAGUCACUUCUCCAACAGGGCUCUUGCUCCACACUAGCUGAGAGGAUGCAGGUGAGGGGCAUCAGGGCAUUAAGUCCACUUCUUAUGCUGGCACUAACAUCACUUCUCCCCAGACCAACACAUGGACAAGAUAGGGGCCGAGUUAUCCUGGCUACAACAACGACUUUUCAGUCUAAAAAUGCUUCAUCAGAGGAUACAGUGCCUGCUCCUAGAAGAUUGCGGUAUAAGGAGUUAGGCUCAGGCAUGCUCGGUGUGUCCUGGAAGGAACCAAAAGGAGAAUUUGACAGCUACAGAUUCAUCUAUAGCACUGGCUCAGGAGAACGAGAGCGAGAAGUGCAGGUGUCAAAGGAAAUGAGCAGAACUGUGAUCACAGACUUUGAUAACAGUAAAGAGUACAGGUUUAAAGUCUUCUCCGUCAGUGGCGGUCAGCUGAGUAAACCACUCCUGGGGACAUAUGAAGCAUCAAGAUCUGAGGUGAGUGACACCAGACCACUGACUCACAGCACAAAGCCGGUCAGCGAGCCUGAGCGAGGAAAUGAGAUAAUCGAAGAGAUUUCAUUUACGUGUACGACUCCAGCCAUAGCUGAUAUUGUGAUUCUGGUCGACGGCUCAUGGAGCAUAGGGCGCUUUAAUUUCCGGCUGGUUCGCACGUUCCUCGAGAGUCUGGUGACAGCCUUUUCCAUCAGCUCGGACCAGACGCGUAUCGGUUUGGCUCAGUACAGUGGUGAUCCAAGGAUUGAGUGGCACCUCAACACACACUCCACAAAAGAAGAGGUCAUCAAUGCUGUGAAGAAUUUGCCAUAUAAGGGAGGAAACACGCUGACAGGUCUAGCCCUAAUGUACAUUCUUGAGAACAGCUUUAAGCCUGAGUCGGGAUCUAGGACAGAUGUUCCGAAAAUCGGAAUCCUGAUCACUGAUGGGAAAUCUCAGGAUGAUGUCAUCGGCCCCGCCCAAAGUCUCAGGGAUGCAGGAAUAGAACUGUUUGCCAUUGGUGUGAAGAACGCUGAUGAAAAUGAGCUGAGAAUGAUUGCGUCUCCUCCGGAAGAGACCCACAUGUACAACGUCGCAGACUUUAAUGUGAUGAGCUCAAUAGUAGAAGUUUUGACCAGGAUCGUCUGCCAGCGUGUGGAGCACCUCAACAGAGAGAUCAAAGGUGAAUCGGUCUCCUUUACAACUCCUGAUGCACCCAGUGACCUCUUGACCUCUGAGGUGACAGCUCGGAGUUUCCGUGUGUCCUGGACCCAUGCUCCUGGAACAGUGGAGAAAUAUAGAGUGGUGUACUACGCCUCCAGAGGAGGCAAGCCAGAGGAGGUGGUGGUGAAUGGUGAUCAGAACUCGGUGGUCCUCCAGCAUUUGAACUCUGUGACUGAGUACCAAGUGGCUGUUUUCGCCAUCUACAGUAACUCCGCCAGCGAAGGUCUGAGAGGCAGCGAGACCACGUUGGCCUUGCCCAUGGUAAAUAACCUGGAUCUGUAUGACAUCACACACAAUAGCAUGCGGGUACAAUGGGUUGCUGCAGAAGGGGCUUCUGGAUACAUGAUCCUGUACGCCCCUCUGAGUGAUGCAGGCUCAUCUGAUGAGAAGGAGGUUAAAGUAGCUGACAGCGUAACUGAGAUUGAGCUGGACGGUCUGACACCUGCAACCGAGUACACUGUCACAGUCUAUGCCAUGUACGAAGAUGAAGCCAGUGACCCCCGGACAAGCCAGGAGACCACACUUCCUCUUAGUCCGGCUCGAGAUCUGCGUAUCACUGAUGUGACCCACAACUCCGCUAAGCUCAGCUGGCAGGCCUCGUCGCGUAAAGUGAAAAGCUACCGCAUCAUGUAUGUGAAGACGGACGGAGUCCAGACCAACGAGGUUGAUGUGGGUCGAGUUACUACAAAGCUGCUAACUGACCUCACCUCGCAGACAGAGUACACCGUGGCAAUCUACGCCAUCUACGAUGAGGGACAAGCCGAUCCCCUCACAGACAGCUUCUCAACGAAGUGGGUUCCUGUCCCGGUGAAUGUGAGGAGCAGUGACGUGGCUACAGACAGUUUCAGAGUGAGCUGGCAGCAUGCGGCGUCUGACAUUUCCCUCUACAGGCUCUCCUGGAUGCCGGCCAACGGAGGAGAGACCAGAGAGAUGGUGGUUGGGGGUAAUCUGAAUUCCUAUGUGAUUACGGGUCUGAGGCCACUAACUGAGUAUGAGGUCACACUCACUGGCAUCUACAAAGACAAAGCCGAGAGCGAGAAAGUCGUGCUCGGUGAAACUACAGUUGCUAGAACAACAACAGUGGCUACUACGACCACCAGCACAACUGCAGAAGUGGUCAGGACAGGGGUGCGAGGUCUUCAGCUCAGUGACUUUACUACCUUCAGCAUGGGCGCAUCGUGGGAACUACUGGGCUCGAACGUGCGUCAGUACAGAGUGUCCUACAUUUCGGCACGUGGUGACAGAGCUGAACAAGUGAUCAUGGUUCCUGGCAAUCAGAACUCGGUGGUGCUGCAGCCGUUGCUUUCAGAUACAGAAUACAGAGUGAGCGUGACAGCCAUCUAUGCGGACGGGGAAGGAACCGCCGUUACACGUUCCUCUCGCACACUGCCUCUCAUUGCUCCAAAGAACCUGAAAGUGUCAGAGGAGUGGUAUAAUCGCUUCCGCAUCACCUGGGACACCCCCCCCUCUCCUACAAUGGGAUACAGGGUCAUCUACCAGCCUGUCUCAGUACCAGGCCGAGCUCUGGAGACAUUCGUUGGUGACGAUGUGAACACCAUGCUGAUCCUAAACCUGGUGAGUGGGACAGAGUACAGCAUAAAGGUCAUUGCCACGUACACCACAGGCUCCAGCGACGCUCUCACCGGCAGAGCAAAAACACUAUACCUAGGUGUAACUAAUCUGAACACCUACCAGGUACGCAUGAACAGUAUGUGUACUCAGUGGCAGCCUCAUUCCCAUGCCACCCAGUACCGCGUGUCCAUCGAGUCCCUGCUCAAUGGCCAGAAGCAGGAAGUGAGGCUGGAUGGCUCCGAAACAAGGCACUGCUUUAACGACCUGAAUCCAAACACACAAUACAAAAUCACUGUUUAUGCUCUGCUACAGGAGGCAGAGGGCCCUGCUGUGACCAUCAUGCAGAAAACACUCCCAGUGCCCACCAGUCCUCCCACCAGGCCUCCUACCACCUCACCAAUCCCUACCAUCCCUGUAGCUAAGGAGGUUUGCAAAGCCGCAAAGGCAGAUCUGGUGUUUUUGGUUGAUGGCUCAUGGAGCAUCGGUGACGACAACUUCCUAAAGAUCAUCCGCUUCCUGUAUAGCACAGCCGGAGCGCUGGAUGAGAUCGGACCCGGAGGCACGCAGGUGGCCAUAGCCCAGUUCAGUGAUGACGCUCGCACCGAGUUUAAGCUCAACUCAUAUGAUAACAAGGAGAGUCUUCUGGACGCCAUUCAGAGGAUUUCAUAUAAAGGAGGCAACACUAAAACAGGAAGAGCUAUGCAGCAUGUGAAGGAUGCGGUCUUCACCAGGGCCGGAGGAACCAGGAGGGGCGUGCCUAAAGUACUAGUAGUGCUGACGGACGGCCGUUCCCAAGACGACGUCAAUAAAAUCUCCCAGGAGAUACAGAUGGAAGGUUACAUCGUGUUUGCGAUCGGUUUUGCGGACGCCGACUACGGAGAGCUGGUGAGCAUCGGCAGCAAACCCAGCGAGAGGCACGUGUUCUUUGUAGACGACCUUGACGCUUUCCGGAAAAUCGAAGAAAAACUAAUCACGUUCGUGUGUGAGGCUGCAUCGGCGACUUGUCCUUCUGUAGCAAUGAGCGGAAGCACAUUACCAGGUUUUAGAAUGAUGGAAAUGUUUGGACUGGUGGAGCAUCUGUACAGCAAUGUGGCCGGUGUUUCCAUGGAGCCAGGAACCUUUAACAGUUUUAGUAGCUUCAGACUGGCCAGUGAUGCCAUGCUGGCACAACCCACCAGGUUCAUCCACCCUGAGGGUCUGCCAUCUGAUUACACAAUCACCGUGGUGUUCCGCCUGCUUCCUCAAACCCCCCAGGAACCCUUUGCAUUAUGGGAAAUUCUCAACAGCAGGAAUGAACCCUUAGUGGGUAUCAUCCUAGACAACGCAGGGAAAACACUGACAUUCUUCAAUAACGACUACAAGGGUGAUUUUCAGACCGUAACAUUUGAGGGUGCUGAGAUUAAGAAGCUCUUCUACGGCAGUUUCCACAAGUUGCAUAUAGCUGUGAGUAAAACACUGGCACAGGUGAUGGUGGACUGUAAGCUGGCUGAAGAGAAGAUCAUUAACGCUGCUGGAAACAUCACUAUUGACGGCAUGGAGGUUCUUGGAAGAAUGGUCCGAUCCCGUGGAGACAGGGACAACUCUGCACCGUUUCAGCUCCAGUUGUUUGAUAUAGUGUGUAGUACAUCAUGGGCUCGUCGAGACAAGUGCUGUGAUCUUCCCAGUUUGAGGAAGGAGGCUGAUUGUCCAGCACUGCCUCGAGCUUGCACAUGCAGUCAAGACAGUAAAGGCCCUCCUGGUCCUCCUGGACCUCUGGGAGGUCCUGGUAUUAGAGGGUCAAGAGGAGAUCGAGGAGAACCCGGCCCUGUGGGUCCAGUGGGUCCAGUUGGAGAAUCGGGAGUACCAGGACCUCAGGGCCCCCCCGGCCCCCAGGGACACAGCGGGCGAUCUAUCAGAGGCCCUCCGGGUGGUCCAGGCGAGAGAGGGGAAAAAGGUGAAGCAGGACCUCGAGGUACUCAGGGUGUCCCAGGAAACCCGGGAUCUGCAGGACGGGAUGGCCCUCCAGGACCCAGAGGUUUGCCAGGCAAUGACGGACCACAGGGCAGAACAGGGCCUCCAGGAAAUAUAGGAGGACCAGGAGCUCCAGGGGCACCGGGUCAGAACGGCCCUCCAGGACCCACUGGCGAACAAGGACCCCCAGGUCUCUUAGGUUCAAAAGGGGAGAAGGGAGAACGCGGGGAUGCACAGUCUACUUCAUCAGUCCAAGCCAUUGCCAGACAAGUGUGUGAGCAGCUUAUACAAACUCACAUGUCCCGGUACAACUCCAUUCUGAAUCACGUCCCGAGGCAGCAGACGGUCUCGAUACGCAGUGUUCCCGGGCCUCCAGGUGAGCCCGGUCGGCCCGGUCCUCCAGGACAGCAAGGAGAGCAGGGUCCGCCCGGGCGUCCCGGAUUUCCGGGAAAUAGUGGAGACAACGGGGAGCCUGGAGCCAGAGGUCUUCCAGGUGAGAAAGGAGAAAAAGGAGCCCCAGGUGUUGGUGUUCAGGGUCCCAGAGGUCCUUCAGGGCCUCCAGGUCCACCUGGUGAGGGAAGGAGUGGUAGCCCUGGUCCAUCUGGCCGCCCUGGUAACCCUGGUGUUUCUGGUAGACCGGGCACUCCUGGACCAGUAGGACCAGCCGGACCUCCAGGCUAUUGUGAUCCGAACUCCUGUGGAUACAAUGUGGCAGUUGUUGAAGACCAGCAACAGUUUGUACAUGUCCCCAGUGCAGCCCAACCCCUACCAAACAUACGGCCCCGACGAGGGGGAAGAAGUGGAGGAGGAUCCGUACAACAACUACGGGAGGCAGCACCCCUACUACCAGCCCAACUACCCCGAGCCACGCCUCAUCGAGCCCGAAGAAAUGAUCAUAGUCGAGGACGCAGAAGAAGAGCUGCGCUCACCAGGCAUGCAGCGUCUGACUCGCAGCACGGAAGAGCAGGAGCAGAAAAGAAAGACAAGGAUGAGCGCUCAGUUCUGAACACGAGAUCACAUCACAUUUAACAGAUGAUAGAGCGCACAGAAGCAACCGGGGCUGUCGAAAAGUUGUCACACGAUGUAGGAAAUGUAUUUCUCAUUUAAGGCAUAUUUUAUAUAUAUAUAUUCAUAAAUGACAUAUUGCUGCCUAAUAAAUCCCACUCACUAACAGGUGUCAUGAUGAAGAGAUAAUCAGUCUUAUUCACUUCACCGCUCAUAAUGUUAUAAUGUCAAUAACAGGUCAGUUUAUCUGGUGACAUUUUUCUGACCAAUACAGCACCGGAUUUCUGUGAUAUUUAAAAAAUUUACUAAAUAAACCACUUUUGAUUGCAUGAUACAGGGGAAUCAUAAACAAAAAGCAAACGAUUGAGAGAGAGAGCAUGAGAAAAAAAGAAAGGUUUUGGAAUGAAGAAAUAAUAAUCGAAAUUGAAACCAAAAAACAAUGUACGCAUUACUUUAAGGAAUUGAUAUAAUCAUUAAAAUGAUUAUAUUGUUUAUAAUUCAAUUCAGUAUACUGUAUAUAAUAUAUAUAUAUAACACUGUUGCAUGAUCUUUAUUACAAUAUCCAAAACAUUAAAAUGUAAAACCUUAUAGAAGAAAGCUAUCUGAAAGGAUUUCGACAGCCCUGGUAGCGAGUGUUACAUGCGAUGUGAUGUUGCAACGCGGUUCUCUAUAACAGAUUAUGCACUGUAUCACACUCAGUCAUGCAGGUGGCACCUGUAGAAUUUUAACUACAGCUUUAUCAUAGAUUUUCAUUUGUAUCAUUUUUAUUAUUAUUUUAUAUAUAUAUAUAUAUAUAUAUAUAUAUAUAUAUAUAUAUAUAUAUAUAUAUAUAUAUAUUUUACUGGACACACACUUUUCCAAUCAAAGCACAAAGCUGGAGCAGUUGAAGGUUAAGUGGCUCUCUGGUGGUUCUGGGACCGCGUGUAAACACUGAGCUACCACUGCACGGGUAAGAUAUAUACAUUUCAUAGUGUUAUUAAAGGUAACAAAGGGGCAGAUUUAAAAGUUGUGGUUGGAUGAGAGAAAUGUGCACGCAGAGCAGUGAGGUGUGUGAAAACUCUUUAAGUGCCUGAUGUACUCAGCAGAGAUUCUUGUUUUUUUGUUGUUUUUGUUGUUGCUUUUCUGUUGCUUGCUUUUAGGAGUCAGACAUGUGUUUUUCUGUUGCUUGGUCAGAUGUUCUACACUGCCAGUCAAGAAUAUUUCAACACCUAGUGUUUGUUUUGUCCUAACAGCACAUGGUAAUAAAGCGAGACAGGGCGGCGCAAUAAAGCAGAAUUACCACUCAGAGGUUGAUCAAUUUCCAAUAACAACAUUGAGAAAUGCUUUAUUUCUUUUAUACUACAGCAAUUAGUGUAUUUUUUAAAAAUCUAUUUAUAGCUUUAAUGUCAUUGAGCAGGUUAGUUCCCACUUACAUUACAGAGUGUGAUAGAAUGUAAUCUUUCCUUGAAAUUAAUCUUGAAAAUAAAUACGGAGGUUGGUACCAAAAAACAAUGGACAGCGCCAAAUCCUGAAGACUUUGAAGACUCCUUUCAUUGAUGUUAUGUAUAUAUAUAUAUAUAUAUAUUUCCUGGCCAUGUCAACAGUGAGCCUUUUUUUUUAUAGUUAAAUACGAUCAAAUGUUGUUAUUGUGGAGUGUUUUCCAAGAACACAUCCCUAAGAAUCAGUGAUGGAUACAAUCAUGUAUUAUAUGAGGGCAUUCAUAUGAAUGGAUUUGGGGCUGCGUUACUGUUACUGUUAACGCUGUUACUGAAAAUGAAUCGGUAAGAUGGGAGAAUUCAUCAGCACACAAAUUCAACUCCCAGCAGCCUUUACUCUCCUCACAGUUUUGUUAGUUUCGCUCUACUGAAUAAAUCAGUGUAGAUACCAGGAUUUAGAAUUCCACACUUGUUGUAUGCAGGCUCACAGGAAGAGCUGACGUCUGAUGGAUGUUUAUUAGAAGAUGGACCAAUGGCAGGAAAAGCUGUAUAAAAUCAUUUUUUAUAACAUUUCUGCAAGCAACAGAUCAGACAGUAAAUUAGAACGAUGCUCUGCGGUUAUAUCAGGUGAUCUGCAGCACAUCCUCCUUCGCUUAAUGCAGAAGUUUAGGGAGUAAAGCAUAAUGUUAGGUGGGUUCUAGUUAAAAGGAAGGCUGCUAGCUGAAUAAGACUUGACCACCUGUAAUAAGUGCUUUUAAACAUUGUUUUAUUUCAAUGUGACUGGUUUCUGAUUAAUAAAUGGAAGGGUUUGGAGGUUGUUGUUAGAAAGCUGGAAAAGAAACAUUAAAAUAUUGCUUCCUUCCACCAAAAAGACAAAUUAUUUCUAGUUCUUGGUUGAUACAGAAUAAUGUGCUUCAAGAUGAAUAACUAAAUGACUCUGACUUUAAAUUUUAAAAAAUGGUUAAAGCCUGUUGUUUAACUACACCAUAUGGACAAAGGUAUGAAGACACCUGACUUUCCCAGUCAUAUGUUGUUCCCACAGAUUAGCUGUAGAGCUCUGACCACAACUCUUUCAAAUACCUUUGGGAUCAAUUGGAACUGUGACUGCAUCCUUGUGACUUCUCACCUCACCUACAUCGUUAUCUGACUUUAAUAACACCACAAAUCUCAACAAGCACACAGCAGCAUCUGGUGGAACAUCUUCCCAGAAUAUCGCAGGUUAUAAUAAUAACAAAUGGGGACUGAAUGUGGAAUUUAAAAAGCACACACCGAACUAACAGGCAGGUGUCCACAAACAUUUGUCCAUAAACCUAUGUUAUUGAGAAAAUAGGUAUUAUUUAAAUUAGAGACAUAAAUGAGCCAAUCAACCCCAUAAAAAGGAUAAAUUAAGCACUUUGACUGGCAGUGUAAAUGCGCUUUAUCCUUCGGCAGCCAACAUUUUGUUUACAAUGUUUACAAUAUUAUAUUUUCGAAACAGUAUUUGGCUUGUAUUUUGUCUUUAAAAUGGAAUCCCUUUCCACAUAAACAGAUCUUUCUGUAUUAAGUGCCUGUUUAUAGUAUUAAUCAUGUAUGAUAUAUACAUUCUGGAGAUUAGUUGAUAAGAGUGCUUUAUCUGAAACGCUACGGAUUCUACAAUAUUUCCUUUUUAUAAUAUGUUUCAUUAAGGGUGAAACUUUUCCAUUUCGUCCGUCCCGGUUUAUUUAUUGCGUUUCCUUCCUGGUGUCUCUACAGCAUAAUGGCUCUCUGCUUAUAUUGUACAAUACUUUCAUAGACAUAAAGAGAAGUUUUUUGCAACUACAAAAAAAAACUGUUGUGAUUAGCUCGCUGUUGUACAUGCCAGCUGAUGUUCUUCAUGUUUAUAAAAAUCCAAUCAAAUGGUGCUAAAUGUGUUUAUAUAUAUAUAUAUAUAUAUAUAUAUAUAUAUAUAUAUAUAUAUAUAUAUAUAUAUAUAUACAGUAUAUAGGAUCAGGCUAAUUUUUGUGAAAAUGUGUGGAAUAUAUAUUUCAUUGUUUGCUGUCAGUAUGCUAGUUUUACUGUACCGCAUAUUUUUAUGACUUUUUCAACUCAUUGGUAAUAAAUAAAUAAAUAAAUAGACGAUGUACAACUGUUCAUGCCAACAUUAGCUUUAUGACCGCAACGGUCAGAGAAAUGUAGGAUUUGAUUGGAACGUGUUUUUUAGAGCAAUAAAUCCCAAUUCCACCACAAA